UAUUAUUACAAGAUUAGUUUUUAUUAAUAAUUUUAUUUAGGUUUCUUUUUUCUGAGAAGUGAAUACUAAAUUUGGGUUUAAGGAACUAUGAAGUAAAUAGGAUAUAAGAAGCAGCGGAUAUAUCAGUUAACAGUGGUAUUUGGUCAUUUGCAUUGUUUUGUGGAUACCAAGUUUUCUCGCACCAUGAACACAAUUCGUAGUAUUUGGAAAUUGAAUACAAUUCAGUUGCAACAUAUCCGUGCGGCUCACAGAGUGCGCGGUAAGGCUCCCAUAUAUUGUAGAACAAUCAAAGAGAGGAUAGACGAGUUGAACUAUAAAGAUGAAUUGUACACAACUCGCAUCGAUAUCGGUUUUCCUCCACAGAAAAAUCCAAAACUACUGAGCCGUGUUGAAAAAACUGAACACAUGAAGAAAAUAAAGAGUGACAAGGAACUAGAGCGCAAGGCACGUAAAUGUGAACUACACCUGGAUUUAGACCAGGCCAAGAAAGACUGGCUCUUGACUUUGGGUCCCCAACACAAACAACAGGUAGCAGACCACUAUGGAAUCUUUGACCACCUCUACGGAGAAGGUUAUUUCACACCAUACCUAAAUUUGGACAUCUUUUAUGACAUAAAGGAUGAUAGCUGCUUACCAGUAUAUUGUGGUAAUGUCAUUAAACCCGCAGAAGCCUCAGAAAGGCCUAUAGUUAAUUAUGAAUCUGAUCCUAACACACUAUGGACAUUAGCACUAACAAGUUUAGAUGGGCAUUUGACUGAAAGUGAUAAGGAGUAUGUUCACUGGCUUGUAGUUAAUAUACCUGGGAAUCAAGUUGAGAAGGGUGAUGUGAUUGCCGAGUAUUUACGCCCGUUCCCACUGAAAGGCACAGGAUACCACAGAUAUGUUUUUGUGCUGUACAAACAAAACAAGGAAAUGUCUUAUGAUAUUCCUUCAGUAACAUCACCAACACUAGAAGGACGUACAUUUGUGACAAGGGAUUGGUACCAGAAAUAUCAAGAUGAUAUUACUCCAAUAGGCCUUGCAUUCUACCAAAGUGACUGGGAUUCUACUGUCAAAAGUUUCUUCCAUGAUAUACUACAACAAAAAGAACCAGUUUACGAGUACGAUUUUGACCCACCAUACACUAGACCCCAGGAGUGGUUUCCGCGGAGGCAACCCUUUAAUUUGUACAUGGAUAAGUACAGAGAUCCAAAGCAGAUCAACAAGGAGUAUCUCUUACGGAAAUUGAAGAAUGAGGAUCCGUUUAAGGCCCCCGCACCUCCUCUCAAGUUCCCCAACGCCCAGCUUCUGCCACGAGGAAUGCCGACCUGGCUUAAACUACAUGAGAGGAAGAUUCGCCUGCGCUGGGGACGUGUCAAUGAUGUUUAAGUGUAUAGAAUCGUUAUGUAUAAAUAGAUUGGUUAUGUAAUUUA